AUGGCUUUACCAGACCCAGAAAGCAUCGGCGCCGGCGCCAGCGAUACGGACCCGGGGGCAACCGCCUUCCUUGAGCAGUCAUACCUUACGUACAUCAUACCUUUCGCGACUCAAUUCAACCCUAAAGAGGCCCUACAACAAAGUGAAGGGUCGGUAGAGAGCAACAUCGCAAAUGUCGAGCAACGCGACCAGCUGUUCUUUGAUGAGACCGUAGAUGUGUACUUCGUUCUCCGCGCCCCAUACGCCGAUGACCAGACAAUACGUUCCCACCUGCGCCGCCUCGUUGUGACUCUCGAUGCUCACAUCGUGAACGGCGCUAUAUCCGACCGAGACGGGGCGGCGCCUACCUCCGAGUUGAUCUACAACAGUUCGCUCGAAGAUAUCGAAGAUGUGUUUAUUGUGGCGGCCGAAGAGCCCGAGGAAGAGGAUGUCCAAAGGUAUACAUACGCGGUCUGGAAAAUCUCUGUUUUUCUUGCACGGCCCAGGAUACGGCUGCAGUUGCCUUCAGUGGUCUUCUCUGCCGUUGCAAGCCUCAGGAUAAACUCUGCAGAUGUCGGCCCAUCUGGGACCGCGGGAUACGGCUAUAUGGAGAGCGGGACGCCGUCUGGGAUGAACCUUCUCGAAUCGUUUGCGGCCGACCCGCUACUGGGUGGGAUUGUGCCCCGGUUGUCGGCUCAGAGGGUAUCUAGGGUGGCCCCUCUAACGAAAUCGAAGGAUGCUCUUCACCGCAUAAGCGGGCUACAGGCGCUGAAGCUGAGGAUAUACCCGGUUCUACACACCCGAGUCCGCUUCACGCGGCCCAACACCACACCCCCGAGCGCUUCUAUGGUCGCGUUACUCGAGGUUGAUUUUACCCCUUAUUUCGACUGUGAGGCUGCUCUGGACAAAAUCAGCUUAGGCGUCACAGAUGGCACGGUCGACGACCUCAAUACCCAAGAUGGCAUGGCCCUCCCCCUUAGUUGCGUUGCUCACGACCACCUCACUUUCCUCUACAAGCUCGCGCCCCAGCAACGCGACAUUGUUCGCAAAAACCUAGCCCGUGAUCUCGAAGUCACCAUCGAGAUCCUCGUCCUCGUCCGACCCAAAGGCGAGCCAAAUCCCUGCACGCCCCGCCUCGUCAUGACCUGGACUACCGCCAUCGACUUCACCCCGCCCGUCAACCCGGGCUUCGGCCAGCCAAAAACCUCGCCCAUCAAGCGCUCCCACAAACCCAGCCAGCUCUCCAUCAGCGGCGGUGUCGAUUCACAACCACUCGUAUCCCCCUCAGUCAUCCGCCCAGACUCCCUCCCUACCCUCGAAGCCGCCACCGCCCGGCCACUCGAGACGACCAUCCCAGACUUCGGCAUCACCAUGACCUUCACAGGGCCCCAACACCCCGUAGUCGUCGGCGAAGAAUUCGUCUGGACCGUCUUCGUCGUCAACCGCAGCAAAUCCGACAUGCCCCCGCCGCCCUCAGCUCCAGCCUCAGUCCUAGCCCACCACGCGGCCGCAACGGCCUCGCGCAAGCUGAUGCUCGUGCCCAUCCCACGACGGCGCCGCAACGAGCUGCGCGUGAUCCGUCCGCCAUCGACGGCCGGUGCCGGGUCCUCGAAACGCGACCCGUUGAUCGCCGACGCCGUGCUGGACGAGGCGGUCGUGCACGCUAUGCAGCGCAACAGUGUGGUGGAUGGGGCCGAGGUGGUGUGCUUGUCAGCGGACGUGCGGGUCGGCCCGCUGGCGCCGAACGCUUGUGCGUUGGUGGAACUGCGGUUUUUGGCGCUUAAGGAAGGGGUUGUGGGGUUGGACGCGGUGAGGGUGGUGGAUCUAGGGAAUCAAGAGCAUGCCGAUGUGCGCGAGUUGCCUUUGGUUGUCGUUGGCGCUGGGAAGGGUGACGAGUGA